AUGAAACUUUUGAUAUGGACUCCUAGCUUUUAUCUUAGCAAAGAACCUCCUGUGGUUCCUCUUUGGUUCAAGCUUCAUGGUCUCCCUAUUCCCUACUUCAAGUUUAAUGCCCUUUUAAAUAUUAGGUCUGCUUUAGGCAGACCCCUUAAAGUAGAUGCUCACACUUAUAACAAGGCAAGGCCUGCUCUUGCUAGAAUUUUCAUUGAAAGAGAUAUCACCUUGCCUGAAAUUAAUAGAGUUUGGAUAGGCUCUGAACAGGAUGGCUUUUGGCAGGAGGUAAUCCUUGAGCAAAGGCCUUAUUAUUGUCAACAUUACAAGAUGUUUGGGCACACUAUAGAUAGGUGCUAUAGGCUACACCCUCCAGUGAAAAGGAAACAGUCUUCUUUGAAGGAAAUUUCCCCCAUUCAACUUCUUGAGGUUAAUGAGGAUGGCUUACAAGAUGAGGCUCAGAACUCUCCAACCCCCUUUAUUUCUAUUACUCCUCCUUCUCCUCCUAAGGAAGUGCUAAGAGAGGAACCCAAUAUCAUUACUAUAAUUUCCCCCACAGUUGAUUCCUUUGAGGAGAGGCUGCAGGAACCAAUUCAGGAACAGCAAUUGCAUCAUGUGAUUGAAGGAGAAAAGGUUGCUGAUUUGAAUCACCUUUUGGGGGAGGAUUGGGUUAUGCAGACCUCUAAGAGAAAGAAAAAACAAACCACAGAAGCUCAAAGAUUACAAAGAGAGGCAGCUUCCAUAUGCAAUAUUGUGAAGACUACAUUCAUUUAUGCUGGGAUUUUUGCAAAUGAUAAAGCUUUAUUAUGGCAACAAAUCCAGCAUCUCAAAUCUAUAUUAAUGGACCUUGGAUCUUUGGUGGAGACUUUCACAAACAUCAGGAACACUGUCCUUGUUGAACUUCCUCAUCAGGGACCUCUGGACACUUGGAGAAGAGGAAAACUUUUUAAACGAAUUGAUAGAUUCCUGGUUAAUCAAGCUUGGUUGGAUACCAACUUUAUGACUACAAUUUCCCAUCUUCCUUACACAUGUUCUGAUCAUAGGCCUUUGCUUAUCUCUAUAUCCCCUAAUAUUGUUGCUCCCUUACCAAGAUUUAGAUUCUUUAAUGUUUGGGUUGAACAUCCUGAAUUCAUCUCCUUUAUUAAGUCUGUUUGGGUACCUGUUUCCUCCUUCCCUCCUUGGAUUAAACUAUGGCAAAUUCAAAAAAAAGUUGCUAAAUUGCUGAAAGCUUGGAAUUGGAACUGCAUUGGCAACCUUACAGCAAAAGUGGAAGAGGCUGAAGCUGCUGUGAAACAAACUGAAUUAAGCAUUCAGAUGGGGCUCUCUGAUGAACAGAACCUGAUAUUAGCUAAUGCGAAUCUGCUUCAAGUUAUUCACUGGGAGGAAGAGUUCUAUAAACAGAAGGCUACCAUCAAAAAAUUUGUUGAUGGGGAUAGAAAUACAAAGUCUUACCAUGCCUGUAUUAAACAAAGAAGACAUUCCAACACCAUCCUGAAGAUUAAAAACCACAAUAGAAUUUGGGUCCAAGGUACUGAUCUAAUUUACAGAGAUCCUAUUGAUCACUUUCAAAACCUUUUAUCUAAACCCCAUGAGGCUACUCUCCUGAACUUUGACCCUAGCUUACUUAAUGAUAAAUUCUCUGACAUCCACUGCCUGCAUUUAACAUUUAUUCCUACCGAGGAAGAAAUUUGGAAAGCUUUAUGUUCUAUUGAUGGUGACAAGGUGGCUGGUGCAGAUGGUUUUACUUCUACUUUCUACAUAAAAACUUGGGAGGUGAUUAAAUUUAACGUUGUGGAAGCUGUCCAGGCCUUCUUCAGAGGGGAGGAUAUGCCACAUUACUUUGCUCAAUCCACCAUUACUUUAAUUAUAAAGGGAGACCAAAAAUCUAAUUAG